CUUUGGUUGUUUGGGCUUUUUCAGAAAAUUAUAACACUUCUGGGUCUCACUUGUUCUGAAAAAACAACUACUAACAUAUACAUACAAACAAAAAAACAAAGAAACAGAAUGGGUACUAAUCUGGUUUCAAAAACCUCAGGCCAAAGUGUUGUUCCUUACAGUAAAAAUCAUGAAGCCGAAUUGAAAAAACUAAAAAGUGAAAAUAUCAAGUUGAUCUCUGAACCGGUCGAGAUCACAUUAGAAGAUGGGAAAACUAGAGCAACUUGUUAUCCAAUUGAUCAUAAAGCUGAAGUUUCUCUAUCUUUAUUUGAAUUUUUGAGUGAUUUAUUUGCUGAAGAAAUUGAAAAAGGCAACACAUAUCCAUACUUUUUUCCAUUAAGCAAAGAAGAAUUUGAAAACUAUUGGUUUGGUUCAUUUUGUAACGUUAUGUUAUUAGGGACCUAUGAUGAAACCAAAUUGCUAAUUAAAGACACUAAUAUUAAGGACAAGCUGUUUUGGAAAGACAUUCUUUUAGGAUCACAUUACAUAAGGCCAAACUACGCUGGUCAUUGUUCUCAUAUUUGCAAUGCUGGGUUUUUAGUCAAUCCCAGUUUUAGAGGCUCUAGUUACAAAGUCGGCAAAAACCUAGGUGUUGUUUAUCUUAAAUGGGCACCAUUACUAGGCUACACUUAUUCAGUUUUCAAUCUAGUGUUUGAAAACAAUCCUGCUAGUUUUAAAAUUUGGGACUCGUUAGGAUUUGAUAGAAUUGGAUAUAUCAAAGGAGCAGGAAGAUUAAAUGGAAGUGAGGAUUCUGUAGGAGCAAUUAUGUUUGGAAAAGAUUUGACUGUUUAGUAGGUACAUACAAAUACUAAAUUUUUUCAAUAAACCGAUGACAAGAUGUAAUAAAUCUGUCUUUGAAGGUCCCAAAUUUGAAAUGAUUUGUUGUUGUAUUGUAAAAUCAGCAUAUGACGUUUUGG